AUGGCGCAGGGGACAGUGAUCCACGUGGCCCCCGAGCAGCCCACCCACGCGGUGUGUGUGCUGGGCACCGCGACUCAGCUGGACGUCUGCGGCUCCGCCCCAGGGGACUGCACAUCGUUCAGCAUCAGCGCCUCCCCAGGAGUGCAGGUGGAGGUUGCCCACGGCCCUCCAGCCAAGAAGAAUCGCACGGGUUCCUCCAAGUGGCCCCUGGACCCUGAGCUGGAGGUCACCCUGAGGGUGAAGGCUGCCAGUGCCAGCACAGGUGACCAGAAGGUUCGGAUCUCAUACUAUGGACCCAAGACGUCACCAGCCCAGGCCCUGCUGUACCUCACCGGGGUGGAAAUCUCCCUGCAUGCAGACAUCACCCGCACCGGCAGAGCCAAGCUGACCAGAGCCAUGAAAAAUCAGGUACCCCCAAAUCAGAGGACCUGGACCUGGGGACCCAGCGGCCAAGGGGCCAUCCUGCUGGUGAACUGCGACAGAGACGGUCCCGGUUCCUGGGGCAUGGACUGCGAGGACGACAGGGUGCUUGACAGCAAAGACCUGCAGGACAUGUCCCUGAUGACCCUGAGCACCAAGACCCCCAAGAACUUCUCCAGCAAGCACCAACUGGUGCUGCACGUGGCCAAGUCUGAGAUGGACAAAGUGCGGGUCUUUCAGGCCACAGGGGGCAAGCUGCCUUCCAGGUUCAAGGUGGUCCUGGGCCCGGAGCAGCCCUCUCACCUGCUGGAGCUCCCAGGCGGCCAGCACAGCAGGGACUUCUACGUGGAGGGCCUCACCUUCCCGGACUCCGACUUCCCAGGGCUCAUCUCCCUCGGUGUCUCCCUGCUGGACAUGUCCAACCCGGAGCUCCCUGAGGCGCUGGUUUUCCAAGACAGUGUGGUCUUCCGUGUGGCCCCCUGGAUCAUGACCCCCAACACCCAGCCCCCCCAGGAGGUGUACGUGAGCAGGAUUUCUGAUAAUGAAGACUUCCUGAAGGCGGUGGCUGCCCUGGCCAAGAAAGCCAAGUGCAAACUGACCAUCUGUCCCACGGAGGAGAACAUGAAUGACCAGUGGAUGCAGGAUGAAAUGGAGAUCGGCUACAUCCAGGCCCCGCAACAGACGCUGCCCGUGGUCUUCGACUCCCCGAGGGACAGAGGCCUGAAGGACUUCCCUAUCAAACGCGUCAUGGGUCCAAACUUUGGCUACGUGACCCGAGGGCCCCAAAUAGAAGAGAUCACUGGGCUGGACUCCUUCGGGAAUCUGGAAGUGAGCCCCCCAGUCACCGUCGGGGAGAAGGAGUACCCGCUGGGCAGGAUUCUCAUCGGGAACAGCGGCUACCCCAGCAGGGAGAGCCGGGAGGUGCACCGGACCCUGCAGGACUUCCUGGGCGCCCAGCAGGUGCAGGCCCCCGUGAGCCUCUACUCCGACUGGCUGUUCGUGGGCCACAUAGACGAGUUCCUGAGCUUCGUUCCAACGCCCGACAGGAAGGGCUUCCGGCUGCUGCUGGCCAGCCCCCGCUCCUGCUUCAGGCUCUUCCAGGAGAAGCAGAAGGCAGGCCAUGGGGAGGUGCUGCUGUUCCAAGGCGUCAAGAGAAAAAAGCAGUGGAAAAUAAAUGACAUCCUGUCAAACAAGAUAUUGAGAGAACAGAACUCGUAUGUGGAGAGCUGCAUCGACUGGAACCGCAAGGUGCUGAAGCGGGAGCUGGGCCUGGCCGAGGGCGACAUCGUGGACGUGCCCCAGCUCUUCAAGCUGGCCAGGAACUCCAGCGGGGUCCCCAAGGCUGAGGCCUUCUUCCCGAACAUGGUGAACAUGCUGGUGCUGGGCCGGCACCUGGGCAUCCCCAAGCCCUUCGGGCCGGUCAUCGACGGCCGCUGCUGCCUGGAGGAGCGGGUGUGCGCGCUGCUGGAGCCGCUGGGCCUGCGCUGCACCUUCAUCGACGACUUCCAUUCCUACCACGUGCGCCACGGCGAGGUGCACUGUGGCACCAACGUGCGCCGCAAGCCCUUCUCCUUCAAGUGGUGGCACAUGGCGCCCUGAGCCCCUCCGGGCCCGGGCGCGGGUCCCCGCGUGUGCUGCACCAGGGCUCUUAGGGGGUGUCCAGGCUCCCUGGGGGGUCAGCCUGCCCGCAGUGGCUCGUGGCCUCGUCCUGGUCUCCUCUGUGUGCCCCAAGGUGGUGCCACCCUGGCAAACCCAGCUCGGCCCUGAGAAGCCGCAGCUGAGGUUUCUCAGAUCACUUUGCGCGUGCGGCUCGGAAGCCCCCCCCCCCCCCCCCCCCCCCCCCCCCCCCCCGCUAUUCCUCUUUCCCACGGGCUCAGAGCGCACCCAGGCCGUGCCGCGGGUCCCCUGCUCCCAGGCCUGUUUCCAGCCUGUAAAAUCGCGUGAUCCCGUGGCCUGAGCUUCCCGCAGAGCCUUUCCAGGAGGAGAGCAGAGGGAGGGAGGGAGUGGAGUGGUGACCGAGUCAGGCAGGGAUAUAAAAUAAACUGAGGCCGCUGUCCUGUCCUGUCUGUAAGAUCCGGUGCCAGGGGAGAGUUCCCCUCCCGCCAGCUGGGCUUCAGGAAAGCUAAUUAGCACCAUUCACUCCUUCCUUUUGGAAUGUGAAGGACUUUCCCAGGGACCUAACCGUGUCCCUUUGAAGUGUAAAUGCCCCUGUGGAGGUCCAGGCCCAAGGCUAGAAACACAGGAGGCCGACACAGGAGGCCCUGUAAGAGAGGCCAGCCUCCCCUGUCGCAUCUGCUUUUGUGAACACGUCCUGCUUGAUGACCCUUAUACACAAUCAUAUAUUGUUUUUUGAAACCUUGUGUCCAAUUAUGUACUGUUUUAGACUGGAAAAUCUACGGCACUAGAUAGUCUGUAAAUGUUACAAAAAUGGGUCAGGAGUGCUCAGGACUUGGGGGUGCUCAUCUCCUCUGGGCCCGCCAGCCGGCGUGAAAUAAAGUCUGGUUUC